UCAUUCGUCCAGAAUCGGAUUGUCAGUCUUUUCGCGAAACUCUCCGUAAAUACCACGAAGCCUCGCCGUCACGCUUUGCCGCACUUGAGGGAAUUGUGCCACAAAACGACCGUCUUGGACCACGUAUUGCCCAUGAUUCUUUGUGUUCGUGUCUGAAAUUCAGAAGUACAGUGGGCUGAAAGCUGAAGUGGAGUGAAGAGGCUCGGGGACGGCAAGGCAGUCCGAAGACUGGGUGUUGUCUGUUGUCUGGCUUUGUGUAGCUUUAAACUCUCAUUUCAAGUCGACACCAAUUUAGACAGAAAAUGAGCGAAGAACGCGAGAGGGAAGAGGACCCACUAGUGGAUUUGUGGCUCGCCAAUUGGGAACAACAAUGUGCCGAGCACUUGGAGAGCGAGCCUGAUUGCGAGGGUCAGCUGCAGGCCGAGCGAGACAGAUCCAUCCACAAUAAUUGGUUAUUGUUUCAGAACACGGCCACUGCUAUCGCACAGCUGUAUAAAGAUCGGCAGCAGGGCGUUUCGUUAUGGAUUCCCUUUCAAACGGCCGCCGGCACCGUCACUUCACUGUACAAAGAUUCAACUGAUGCCAUUAGGCGGGUAGGUGAGCUAGGAGUCCAGUGUGGCUAUCAACGGCGUAAUAAGGAGUUAAUGAACUGGGCAAGAAAGAAACGCCGCCACAUUCGCCGAGAAGACUUGAUGGCAUAUUUGGCAGGCAAACCACCCCCAUUACGUCCUCAUCAUAGAGUCUCACCGAGGCCAAGGGUAAUGCUGACAGAACGUCAUGGAUCUCCCAAUGCUCAGCAGAUGGACAUCCACCAUUUCCACCACAAUAACCCAGCCACUAUCAACACAGAAGAUAACAUGCAUACUUUCAGAGAGGCCUUGUCUAUUGCAAGUUCAAAUGUCAGUUUUGCUCGGAAACCAAGGUCUGCUGAUCUAAGCACCUACAUCGCAAGCGAAUUUGUACGUAAUGGUACUAAACGGCCGGCAUCUUCGAGUCCACCUCAUGAUGUUAAUAUGGAUUCUCCUACUCACAAACGAACUCGCUUUAUGUAGUAUAAAUAUGUUAAGGGGAGGGGGGGAUCAAUAGGCAAUGCCUGGGAACAACUAGAAAUGUCACUUUGAAUCUGUUAUAUCUACAACUGUGUGAACUGGGAGUAUUUUUUUAAACAAUUUAAAUUGCUUUUUUGGCCGGCAUGUCAGGUGGUCUGAUUUCCCAUGCCCGUAUGCUAUUUUCAUUCACAUUUUAUCUGUAGUUAUUUCAGGAACAGGUUUAGUCUUUGUUCUUUCCAUGUGUUACUCAGUUUUGCAGUUUAAAGCGGAUAGCUUACUUGGUUCCCUUGCUCAUUGUUUCUGUUUGUUAGCAUUGUUAUUUUUUUUGUUUGUUUUAUCAGUGCUUGGGUGGUUAUGAAGAUGUACAUAUGAUGUAUUUAACAUGUGCAACCAAUGAGCCUUUAACAAAAGGCCCCUGUAAAGUUUUAUUUUCCUGUAGAUCUUUCCAGUAUGUGAUGAUUUUGCUGUAUUUCAGCAUAAAAUCUAAGGAAAACUAUUCUUCUGUUUAAAAAAUUUAAUGUAUAUAUCCAUAAAUAUAUAUACAUAUAUAUCUUAUAGUUAAACACUGUGAAAAAUAAACUAUGUAAAUAAUA